AUGCGGCGCCCGACGCACCCGACCGACGCUGACAAGAGUGUGAGGGUAGGCUUCUGGACCCGACUCGUCGGUCCGUUCAAGGAUCCCGUCGAACCGGCCGAGGACGGCGUGCCGGACUACUUUGACAAGGUCAAGCGGCCCAUGGACCUGAGCACCAUCAAGGCCAAGAUGGACGGUCACGAGUACGGCGACGACGCCGAGUUCGCCGUCGACGUGCGGCAGAUCUUCGAGAACUGCUUCACGUACUGGAACAAGGGCGACCCGAUGUGGGCGGCGGGCGAGAAGCUGCAGCGGACGUUUGAGGAAAAGUACUCGCACAUGAACAAGUGGAUGGCCAAGAUGGGCGGCGACGAGGGCGAGUGA